AUGUCCAUAAAUGAAGGUCGUCGUCAAGUCGUCAAGUUCAGAGGUUUUCAUCAAAUAUUUUCUGGAACAAUGUCACGUGGUACCAAAGAUCUUGUGUUCUUGUUAGCUAUAGCGUUAUUGUCAAUAUGCGCUCAACAAUCAGUAGGUCGUGUAACACUUGAAAACGGGGUGAAAUCAAAGGUGUAUUUAUCACCUCAGAUAACUCAACACCCGGGAUCCGUUUCAAACAAAUUCUACUACAAUAUUGAGUUCCCAAAAGGUCAUAUUGCUAUAAAGAGUUUCAAUGCCGAAGUUGUUGAUGAAGAAGGGAAUCCUGUUUCUCUUCAAGAAACUUAUCUCCACCAUUGGGUUGCAGCAAGAUACUACCAACGUAAAGGUAUUAAAAGUCCGAAGUAUAACAGUAAUAUCGGAUCCCACCAAUCAGAUUUCCUUGCUGCUGGGAAUGCUGGGGUAUGCAAUAUUGAAAGCGGUCUUUCCCAAUUUUUCGGGUUGGGAUCUGAAACACGAAAAACAUCCACACAUGUUCCUGAUCCUUAUGGAAUCGAAGUGGGUAAUCCGCUUGAAGUUCCUGAUGGAUAUGAAGAGAAAUGGGUGCUUAAUGUCCAUGCAAUCGACACUCGAGGUGUAGUAGAUGCAAUCGGAUGUACUGAAUGCAGAUGUAACUUGUACAAUGUGACGAAGGAUGAAUAUGGUCAGCCUUUGGAUCCAAAUUAUUUGGGAGGUUUAUACUGUUGCUAUGAUGAAACACAAUGCAAAGUGAAAAACGGGGUUCAAAGUGUGAAGAGAAACCUUUACAUGAAGUACACUGUUGAGUGGGUUGAUUGGAGUGACUCCAUAAUACCUGUUAAAAUCUAUAUAUUUGACGUCACUGACACCUGGCAGAAUACAGGAAUCCAUGAUUGCUCGAUUGAGUUUGAUGUUGAACAUAGUAUAACAAAUGACUACACCAGUACCAGAAGAUCAAAUGCAAGUUUCCCAAUUUCUGGUGAUGUAGUGUAUGGUGUUGCACACCUACACAGUGGUGGAAUAGGUUCUGCUUUAUAUGGAGAGGAUGGACGAGUUAUUUGUUCGUCUAGAGCUAUUUAUGGGGAAGGAAACGAGGCAGGAGAUGAAGCUGGUUAUAUUGUAGGAAUGACCACAUGUUACCCUAAACCAGGGUCUAUGAAGAUAGCUAAAGGUGAAGUUUUGACUUUGGAGUCUAAUUACAGCAGUCAGAAGAACCAUAUAGGAGUUAUGGGGCUCUUCUAUAUUCUUGUUGCGGACUCUUCUACGACGUUGGAUUCUCCAGUUCAAAUUCAUCAAGAAUCAAAAGUACCGAUCUUCUUUUGGGGUGUAGCUGUGUUCGGAUUGGCAAUUUUUGCAGCUGUUGUAGUUGCUUAUAGGCGACAAAGGCAAAGUAAGGAUGGGUACCAGUUUAUUGCAACUUAAGCAACCUUUCUGCCAUAUGUGACAAUUAGAUGCUAUGUGACAUGAAUCGUGUUGGUUGGUAAAACUAUACGUUUUACAGACCCGUAAUAUGUGAAAAAUAUAAGGAUAUGUUGCUAUAAAAUAAAACUUAGUUAAGAUGUCACUGUAUUCUCACGUUUAGAAGAAGGAAUGAUUUUGUAAUAUAUAUGGUUGGCAUGUCAAGUAUCACACAUAAAAGAGACAAUAUAAUGUAUAAUAAAAUAUGGUUUGUUGCAUGUGGUGG